UUCCACGAUUCACUCACUUAUUUAUGAAGGUGUUAGGGUUUAGAACAGCUUAACACAGAGGUUUAAGCUUCAGAAUUAUCCCACUGAGUCAAUCUCUGGAUUCUGCUUAUGAUGAAAGAACUUCCGAAGUUCCUUUGUAUCUUCUUUUCGCUAAUAUCACCAGGAUAUUCCCUUAUGUGCAUUGUUUGCUUUGCCCCCGGUGCUCCAAACUGCACAGGUAACAGUGAGACCUGCCCUGCUGGGACUGUUUGUUCAUCUACUUACACAGUGAAAACCGAAGGUGGAAUCAAGAUAAGUGAGUUUUCUGGCAGAACAUGUAUGCCCCCAGACCAGUGCCAUGAACCAGGAAGUUUUAGCACAAGUAACAGCACCUUCAAGAAGGGAUUCUCCUGUUGCAACACUGACAACUGCACUCCAGCUCCUCUCAAAUUGCCUGACGAUAAUGUUCUUCCAAAUGGUCUGACCUGCCCAACGUGCACAUUAGAAGGCUCUGACAUGUGUGACACUGGGGAAACAAUGAAAUGUAUGGGCAAUGAGAACAACUGCCUCUUACAGAUUACAAACAUGACAGGAGCAUUGUCCAGCAAAGGAGUCCUCCGAGGCUGCGCCUCCCCAAGCAUUUGCAGAAUUGGUAGCCAGUCCAUCAUCGCUAAUGGCAUAAAUGUUGAAGUCGAAAUUACCUGCACUGGGGGGAGUAGUGGUGUUACCAAUACAUUUACCUACCAACUUGUUGUCUUUCUACUGUUCAAACUUUUGACUUAACACAUCCAUUAAAGAACUCAUCAUGA